UUCAUCAUGAAGUGCCGGUGUUGAAGAAACAGAUGUAUAUGGUGCCAAUGGUGUUGAGAAGGUGACUGCCUGUCCAGAAUCGGCAUGUUUUCCAAGUUGAAACCUGCUCCUCAGACCCCCCAAGAAGCUAAUCCUAUCACCCAGUAUUUUGAAAUCGGAAAGCAAGUUGCAAGUGCUGGACCUGAACUCGUGUGGAAAAUACAUGAAGCAGUGCGAAAAUCUGAUAAACGGGAAGCAUCUGUGUUCUAUUUUGAGAAGAGAGUUGCGGAAAAACUGCAUAAGCCUAAAAGGAAGGAAACCAUCACCGAGAUUCUCAGAUUCAGCGUCAGGCAGUUAGACCGUCUCAAACACCCAAAGCUGCUCACACUUUAUCAUCCGAUUGAAGAAUCCAAUGACACGUUGGCGUUUGCUACUGAGCCUGUGCUGGGUACUUUGGCCAAUGUGCUGGGAUGUCUUGAAGAACGACUUCCGCAGAAUCUUCCACCAGCAGUUAAAGAAUACACGUUUUUGGACAUCGAGAUAAAAUACGGACUUUUACAACUAACAGAAGCACUUUGUUUCCUGCAUUACUCUUGUAAGCUGAUCCACAGAAACCUUUGCCCACAGUCAGUCAUCAUCAAUAAACGCGGGACAUGGAAGCUGGCGGGACUUGAAUUUGCGGAGAAAUGCAACGAAACUGACAUCAUGAAGCCGGUGCCUUGCCAAGCUUUCACAUCCAAACUACCUAAAAUGGGUCAACCGGAUUUAGAUUAUACAGCUCCCGAGAUACAAAACAAUUCAAAGUGCAGUCCUCUGAGUGAUAUGUUUUCCUUGGGAUUGGUUAUUUGUGCUCUUUAUAACGGAGGCCACUCUAUAAUUGAAGCUAACCUCAGUUGUGCCACUUAUCAAAAGCAGCUGGAAAUGCUAGAGAAUAACUUAAAUGAUUUAUUGGAUAGAGUGCCCCAUCACCUUCAAGAGCCUUUGCAAAGUUUACUUGAACUCGAUGCUAGAAGACGGCCUAAUGCUCAGAACUUCUCCAUGAUCAAGUACUUUAUGGAGCCAGCAGUGCAUGCUCUUCAGUAUCUGGAUGUCAUUCAAAUGAAAGACUCAACGCAUAAAUCCCACUUCUACCAUAAUUUGCAAGGAACUCUAUUUAGCAUUCCAAAGAAACUUUGGUUUCAGCAUGUCUUGCCCUCACUAAAGACAGAACUUCAAUCUCCAGAAGUUUUAGCAGCUGCCUUGCAGCCUUUGCUGUUUAUGAUUGAAGAGAGCACAACAGAAGAAUAUCAGAAUGAAAUUUUGCCCGUGUUCAGGACAGUAUUUAGUAUGCCUAAAUCCGUUCAGGCUACUGUAACGUUACUGGAAAAUUUAGACAUCAUCAUGAAGAAAACUCCAAAAAGCGAUAUAAAGGCAGAUGUUUUGCCGAUGUUGUAUAGUGCAUUUGAAUCAACGACACCACAGAUUCAGUGUGCCGCUCUUCAAGCAGUAACUCAGAUAUCUGAUAUUCUGGAAGAACAAGCAGUGCGAAAGAUGGUUCUGCCAAGAACGAAACAAGUGUUUGAUAACAACUCAGGAGUUAAGGUAAAAUUUAAUUUAAUUUGCUCUGUAAAUGUACAUCUUUCGUGGACGCAUUUUCCCAUGUUUGAUGCAGCUGAAAUUCGUUCCUUAAAUGAAUCUUCACCUGCACUUGAACAGAGUAACGAAUGCUCGAUCCGAACAAGUAUAACUUCAACGUUUGAAGUUUUUGUUGCUGUCGAAAUUCCUGUGCCUG